AUGUCCGCAUCCAAUACGCCAAUUCGGCGACGUCCCCUGGCAUGUCUUCGAUGUCGCCGGCGCAAAGUGCGCUGUGACGGUGGGGUGCCGGCUUGCUCGAACUGUGCAAAAGCACAUGUGGAAUGCUUUGAAGGAUUGGCGCAGGCAGAAGUGUCUCGGAGCCGUCUCAGUUACCUCGAGAAUCGAGUCCGUGAACUCGAGGCCCUCAACGGAGAACAUGCCCGUUCUUCGGUAUCCGCCCGUGGCUCCCCCGCGGACAAUAACCGAGGCCUGUCUUUGGGAGAACGCGACUAUCUCCUCCAAGAAAGACGCGACCACGAUUUUACGCAAGUAAACCCAGCCCUAUCACAACUACCAUUACAGCCUCAGAGUCAAAGCCAAGGUCCUCCGAACAGCGAUACACCUGCUGCUGGAGUGUCUCCGGCCGUCUCGGGCUCUAGCCGAAUCACCCGAGACCAACCGUUGGCUCAUGAAGUUGGCCUAUUGUCUCUGGCGAACGCAGCCGAUCCGAAAUAUCUCGGUCCAUCGUCGGGAGUUUCAUUUGCGCGUUUAAUCUACGAGAGUGCACCGCAGUCCCAAGGCCUCCCGGCAUCAUACCUGCGAGAGCAAGGACUCGAUUUCGGUCAUGCCACCGACAGGCUGACGCAGGACGCGCUUGCGUCUGAUUUGCAACCAAUCGGGCUACCCUCGUUGGCUGACUGCAACCAGUACAUGGAAGCUUAUUUCGCUGCGACGUCUCUUUUGCCCUUUAUCUCGCAAGAUGGGUUCAGUGGUCUUCUGAAUCAUGUGCAUCGGUUCUCUGAAACAGCCCCUUGGGAUCACCCGUUGCCUGUCAAGUUGGCUUUUGCGCAGGUAUUUCUUGUUUUGUCUCUGGGUGCUAGGUUCUUGGAAACAAAGCUUGGUGCGGACUUUUGCUCGCGUGGUCUGUUCGCCUCGGGUAUGAAUUAUGCUUCGCAGAUUAAAUUGCAUGACAACAUUGAGGGUGUUCAGAUCUUGCUUCUGUUGGUUCUUCACAGCUUCUUCAAUCCUGAGGGGCUUAAUGCGUGGUAUUUAUUGCACACGAUAAUCGCCAGUUGUUUGGAUUUAGGGUUGCAGCGGCGUGACACGAAUGUUCGACCUUCAGAACCCCUGGAACAUCGCGCCAUGCGGCACCUACGAAGUGCUCUGUUCUGGUCUGCCUACUCUAUGGACCGAACGCUUACCACGAUCCUAGGGCGACCGCUCACCUUGCGAGAUGAGGCUAUUGAUCGUGAUUUCCCUGGAAUGGAAAACCAGGAGGAAAUAGGAGUAACGGCCACGCAUUGGAAUGCAGCUCAUCAUGAUCAGAAUCAUCACUUCACACUUUUGGAUGCAGAAAUGUCCCAUUACCUGCCGUGCAUAUAUUCCCUGCGCUUCGAUCGGAUAAUAGCGGAGAUCAAGCUAAUGAUCUACCGGGUAUCCCGCGCACCGCAGCGAUUUCCAUGGCCUAACGAUCUCGAGUCGUGGCAGAUGGAGACCGAGAAAUCGUGCGUUGCGCUUUUCCAAGAGAUUCAGGACCGACAGCGUGGUCGUGCCAUUAGCAGCUCUGGGCACUUAUCAGGAGUCGUUGUCCAGAAAUUGGAGCUCAAAUACCACCAAAGUAUUAUGUUACUAUAUCGCCCAAGCCCUCAGAUCCCUAAGCCCACUCCCAAAGCCGCUCAGGCUUGCUUCACCAGCGCAAUGGAAAUCAUCCGGGUGCAAGCUGAGCUUCACCGAUUCGCGAACAUGGAAUGCUCCUGGCUGUCAGCCCAUUCCAUCUUCGUGGCCACUAUAACCAUACUCUAUUGUUUAUGGACGUUUCCAGCCGUCCGGCAGGAGAACUCCCUCGGCUCGUGCCUCAAGCGUGCGGAAUUGUCUGUUCAGCUGCUGGAUUCUCUCCGUAAAACAUGGCUUGUGGCACACGAAGCAUGUCAGAAGCUGAGGAGGCUCAUCGCGUUGACUGCGGAGGUUUAUAAUCCCAAGCAGCCUGAGCAUACAACUGGCCAGCAGCUAGGCGGAUUGAAUGAGCAUGCUUACAAUUUAGGCUAUGGUUCGCAGACGAAUGAUGGCGAGGCACCUUAUUUCGGACAGCCUAGGGCGGCAAUGAAUCCGGAGCCGCAGGACAGAACCAACGUUCUUAUCGACGAACUAGGAAUUCUUCGCGACUUAUUCGAUCUCGGCUGGCUGAAUGAUGUUGACUUUGCAGCUCAGUCUGAGAUCUAA